UGCCGCGCAGCGGCGUGCUGAGGGACGCACAGAGCGUUCACGUGCAGUCUUGAGCACGUUGCUAGUGGGCGCGGCUGGCUGGACUCGGGGUGGUGGGAGGCGAGCGCCCACUGAGUCCCGCGGGUUCCAGCACUGUGGUCAUCACUCGGCUAGGUCACUCUGCUGAGUGACACCGCCGUGGUAUCUGAGGAGGUGUCGUCCGGCCUGUGCGUCGGCGGCCUCAACGUCCUAAGAGAAACUGAAAUCCAUCAAUCACCGUUCUUAAAAAUGCAAUGGAAUGUACCAAGGACUGUAUUCCGACUGGCACAUAGGACAUGCAUGGAACAACAUAAAGCUGGUCUUUUUGGACACUGUCAAAAUAUAAUGGGACCAUUACUUUUUUAUAAAGCUGAAACCAGAGUAGUUUUGGUUCAGGGCCCUCAAACACAGUGGCUGCACUUAACUGCUGCCCAGUGCACUGCAAAGGAACGGAAGCCAUUUGAUCGUCAUUCACCACAACCAGGGGUCGUCCUUCACCAUAAACAGUGGGAGCAAGAUAUUUUGUUGAGAAGGGUUACCACAUCUCCGGGAACUCCUUCGGAAAAAAAGGAAGAACCUGAUCCUUUACAAGACAAAUCUAUUAAUCUUUAUCAACGAUUUAAGAAAACAUUUAGACAAUAUGGAAAAGUUUUGAUUCCAGUUCAUCUAAUAACUUCUGGUGUUUGGUUUGGAACAUUUUAUUAUGCAGCCAUGAAAGGAGUGAAUGUCGUUCCUUUUCUAGAACUUGUUGGGUUACCUGACAGCGUAGUAAACAUUCUGAAAAAUUCCCAGAGUGGAAAUGCACUAACAGCAUAUGCCUUGUUUAAGAUUGCAACACCUGCCCGAUACACCGUGACUUUGGGGGGAACCUCCUUCACUGUGAAGUAUUUGCGUAGUCGUGGCUACAUAUCAACACCGCCUCCUGUUAAGGAGUAUCUACAGGACAGGAUGGAAGAAACAAAGGAGCUUCUCACAGAGAAAAUGGAAGAAACAAAGGAUAGACUCACUGAAAAAUUACAAGAAACCAAAGAAAAAGUUUCCUUUAAGAAAAAAGGGGAAUAGGCUGCUAUAUAACAGGUUAUAGACAAUUCCUGCACUUUAACCCUUUGGAGACUAUGGACAAAGAUACAUGCUCCUGAUUAUAUUUUUGGUUAGUUGCCUAAAUGGACUAGUUCUCUGAGGGCUAAAGAACUAAGAUACCUUUGUAACAUUAAAUGUUGCUAGAAAAAUCAGUGUUUUUUGAAAAAAAAAAAAUGAACCCAGUAUAAGAAUUUUACAUCGGUAGCUGAAUUAAGACGUGGUUAGUGUCUUAUAAGUCAGAGCUCUUUUUCAAGGUCUGCAGAAACAUACUUGCUUUAUGGUUUGUUGCAGCCAUAACUGAGUCAUACGAGGCGAUUGACUCCUUGAAUAGCUGAUCUGGCCCAAACAGGAUGUCAGCACUCGGUCUCCAUCUUUAUGUUAUUCUCUGAGAUUAUACUAUAUUCAGUUCUCAAUGUGGAGACAAACUAUUUUCAAAACUGCCUUUGAAUAAGAGGAGAAGUAGUGUUUCUAUAAAGAGUCUAUAACAAUUACCAGUUAAAAUACAGACUUUAUAUGAAGACAGUUGAAUAAAAAUUGAGUCAUUUUUAUGUAAAUAAGAUGUGUUGGUUCUAUGUAAAUGAAAAAAAUUGACCAUUUAAAAAUGAUUUUUCUCUGAAACUUGUAAUCAAAUUUUUUAAAGCAAAUAUAUAUGGCCAUAGUACUUUUUCACCUAGAACAUAAAACUGUGACUUGUGUCCUCUGCAUCUAAUUUUUCAGAGGAAAAGUGAAAAUGAUUAUACCUUUAUUGUUGAAAUCAGAUUAUCUUAAGCAGUGACUCAAGCUUGUGGUUGUCAAGCAAAUACAGGUUUGGAAGGAUGGAAGGAAAAUGACAUCAGGGUUGUCACGGAGCUGACUCACUCUUCCUGUCAUGUGGUAGGCCUUGGUUUCUGCAAGCCAGUGCUCUUUCCUAGUUUCUUUGUUCCAGAGUUAAUGUUGAUGUCAUUAUGGAAUAAAUUUUUAAAUUGUA